AUGCUAUCCAGAAGAAUAAACCAUAGAUACCUACGAAAGGUAACUUAUCAACAAACACGUUCAAUCAUAUUGAAUGCAGAUUUGCAGAAAAAGCUAGAUGAAUCUGAAUUUCAUCCCGUUAUUGUAGUUGGAGGAGGACAUGCUGGUUGUGAAGCUGCCACUGGAUCAGCUAGAUCACAAACUCCAACUACUUUAAUUACUCCAUAUAUAAAUAAAAUUGGAACAGCUUCAUGUAAUCCAUCAAUGGGUGGAGUUGGAAAAGGGACUUUAUUAAGAGAAGUUGAUGCGUUAGAUGGGGUUAGUGCAAGAAUUACUGAUAAAGCAGGUAUUCAUUUUAGAAUUUUGAAUGCUUCUAGAGGUGCAGCUGUUCAUGGACCUAGAGCUCAAAUCGAUAGAAAAAUAUACCUUGAGGAAAUGCAAAAGGAAAUUUUGAAUUAUCCAAAUUUGAAAGUACUUGAAGCACAAGUUGAAGACAUCAUUAUUGAACCAAAAUUAAACAAUGAAGGGGAUUAUGCUGGAAGAACAUUUGGUAUUGUCAAAGGUGUUAUUUUACUGGAUGGCAGAGUACUUAAAAGUGAAAAAGUCGUUGUAACUACAGGUACUUUUCUUGGAGGUGAAAUUCAUAUUGGAUUAAAAGCAUAUCCUUCAGGUAGAAUUGGAGAGGAAGCCACUUUUGGAUUAUCCAAAACUUUGCGUGAUGCUGGGUUUAGAUUAGGAAGAUUAAAAACAGGAACCCCACCAAGAUUAUCAGCAAAGACCAUUAAUUUUAAAGGAUUAAUUGAACAACCCUCCGAUUUCCCACCACAACCAAUGUCAUAUAUGAAUGAUAAAGUCGCACUAGAAGAUCAAUUAGUUAAAUGUUACCAAACUAAAACCAACCCAGAAUUUCAUAAAAUUAUUGCUGAUAAUUUAGAUAAGUCCAUUCAUAUCAGAGAAACUGUUAAAGGUCCAAGAUAUUGUCCAAGUAUUGAAUCAAAAGUUAUUAAAUUUCCUCACAAAGAUUUCCAUUAUGUUUGGUUAGAACCAGAAGGAUUAGAUACUGAUUUGAUUUAUCCAAAUGGUAUUUCAUGUACCAUGCCAGAAGAAAUUCAAGAAAAGUUAGUUAGAUUAAUGCCUGGUUGUGAAAAUGUCACCAUGACUCAGCCUGGUUAUGGUGUGGAAUAUGAUUUCAUCGAUCCGCGUGAAUUGAAAAUGACUUUAGAAACUAAAUUAGUUGACGGGUUAUUCCUUGCAGGUCAAAUUAAUGGUACAACAGGUUAUGAAGAAGCCGCAGCUCAAGGUUGUGUAGCUGGUAUUAAUGCUGGUUUAUCUUACAUGAAGAAACCCGCUUUAGAUUUAAGGCGUCCUGAUGGUUUAAUGGCCAUCAUGAUUGACGAUUUGAUUACCAAAGGGGUUGAAGAGCCUUAUAGAAUGUUUACUUCUCGUUCUGAAUUUCGAUUCUCGAUUCGUUCAGAUAAUGCAGAUUUUAGAUUAACUGAAAGAGGUUACCAAUUAGGAGUUGUUGGAGAAGACAGAUAUAAACAUUACAAAGAAGAAAGCAAUCAAUUCGAGGAUAUUAAAAAUACUUUAAGUGAAUUGAAACUAAUUGGAAGAUACUGGGCACCAGCUUUAGAAGGCGUGACUUAUGAUGCAAGAGAUGAUGUCAAAGUCUCGGGUUGGAAAUUACUAGCAUACCCAGGAAUGCUGAUCAACUGUUUAUUACCACACAUGUCUAAAUUUAUGAACAAAGUCCCUAAUUCAUUUGAUAAUAUUUCAGAAAGAUUAAGAAACAAAAUCGAUGUUGAAAGUGAUUAUGAACCUUUUAGAACUAGAGAAAGAAGAAACAUUGAAAAAUUCGAAGAUUAUGAUAAAUUCAUCUUGCCUCAAAAUUUCAACUAUACAAAUACUGGUAACUUGAAAAUCUCACACGAAGUUUGUUCCAUUUUAAAUGUAAUUCAACCUUCAACUUUAGGUCAAGCAAUGAAACUUAGAGGUGUUACACCCACUGCCAUUAUGGAAUUACGAAAAAUAGCUAAAUUGGGAACUUCUUCAAAUAAAGAAAUUGCAACAUCUUAA